AUGGGGCCCCGAAACCCCGCAAAGAAGACCCCCCAGGCAGCAGCAGCGGCGGCCAGCGAAGGAAUUUGGCAAAGUGGAGUUGUGCGCCGCAGCGAGGCCUUCGAGGCGUUCUACAAAGAGCAGAAGAUCGUGCCUGAGGAGGAGUGGACAGCUUUCCUCGAGUGUCUGCGCUCCGACCUGCCCACUGCCUUCCGCGUGGUGUCUAUAACCCCCUUUCGCCACUAUGUGCACAAGUUCCUUCAAAAGACGCUCGAAAGCAGCUGCAGCAGCCGGCGGCGCCGCGGACCCGCGGGGCGCGCUGAAGCCCCUGGAGUGGUACAAGAGCGGCUGCGAGGCCUUCCAGCUGGAGGUCUCUCGCCACGUGUUGAGGACUUGCAAGCCGCUGCUGUGGGUUGUGCUGCUGCUGCUGCGCAGCAGCGCGAGCUGCAGCAGCUGCAGCAGCUGCAGCAGCUGCACCAGCGCGAGCUGCAGCAGCUGCAGCAGCUGCAGCCGCUGCAGCAGCUGCAGCAGCUGCAGCCGGUGCAGCAGCUGCAGCAGCUGCAGCAGCAGCAGCUGCAGCAGCAGCAGCAGCUGCUGCAGCAGCAGCAGCAGCAGCAGCAGCAGCAGCAGCUGCAGCAAACUGCCGCAUGCAUGCGCAGCGGUGUGGCUUUUCUUUCCAGGAAUUUGCACAAGUUCCUCGUCGAGCAGUCCGAAGCUGCAACGAUUUUCCGCCAAGAAGUGGUUUCGAUGAUUCCGGCUUUAUUUCUUGAACAGGAAAUUCGGGGCGACUCCUUGAUUCUGGACAUGUGCGCGGCCCCGGGCUCCAAAACUUCGCAGCUGUUGGAGGCGCUGCACCGCGCGAGCGCGCGGGAGCGCCGAAGCGAAGAGCCGGAGGGCUGGCCGUGCCUCCCAACACUUUGUGCAAGUUUGGGGUGUAUGGACAUGCGGGCAGCUGGCGCGGUCGUGGCCAACGACGCGGACGCGACGAGGGCUCACAUGCUGGUGCACCACCUCCGGCACCUGCACUCUCCCUGUCUGCUGGUGACUUCGCACGCGGCGCAGUUCUUCCCCACAGUCUUCCCCCCCCCCCGCAGCAGCAGCAGCAGCAGCAGCAGCAGCAGCAGCAGCAGCAGCAGCAGCAGCAGCAAAGAAGCCCCGCUGCAGUUCCACGCAGUGCUCUGCGACGCCCCCUGCUCCGGCGACGGCACUCUGCGCAAAAGCCGCGGCCUUUGGGCCUCCUGGAGUCCUCACCAGGGGCUCGGCUGCCACCGCCUGCAGCUCCAGCUUCUCCUCAGGGGAAUAAAACUCUGCAAAGUCGGCGGCCGCCUCGUCUACAGCACCUGCGCUCUCAACCCCGUCGAGAACGAGGCUGUCGUCUGCGCCGCCAUUGCGAAGUCCGGCGGGGCUGUCGAGCUGGAGGACUGUUCGCGGGAUUUGCCGUCUUUGCGGCGGAGUCCGGGAAAAAGCAGUUGGCGGGUGCACUGGGAAGGCCGCUGGUUCGACUCUUUCGCCCAAGUCCCCAAAACAGCAAAAGCUCUCAAGAAAAUCCGCCAGUCGAUGUUUCCCCCUUUGGGGCCCUCUGCGGUGCCGCUGCAGCGCUGCAUGCGUUUUUUGCCGCACUUGAACAACACUGGGGGUUUUUUCGUGGCAGUGCUGCGGAAAGUGCGGGAAGUGCCUCUUGGAAAGCCUUGUGGUCCAGUGGACCAUUUGGAAGAUCCGGAAAAGCAGCAAAAGGACUUUGAAGACAAAAUAAAAGCUGAGGAAACUUCGGAAGAUGAAGAUCCUGCUGCAGCUGCUGCAGCAGCAGCAGCUGCUGCUGCUGCUGCGGGGCCGGCAGCCCGGCGUUUUGAACAGAUCCAGCUGGACAUGGUCGGCCUCGACUGGCAGCCCGAGCUGCUGCAGCAGCAGGAGCAGCAGCUGCAGCAGCAGCAGCAGCAGCAGCAGCAGCAGCUGCUGCUGCUCGCGCAAGAAAAGCGCCGCGAGUUGGACGGGGAAGCCGAGCAAGACUUGAAAUCUGAGGCGAGCGAGGCCGCUGCAGCAGCAGCUGCAGCUGUGCAACCCGCAGCAGCAGCAGCAGCAGCAGCAGCAGCAGCAAGCAGCCCGGGCUGCGGGCCGCCGCUGCAGCCCGGAUCCUCUGCGCCGGCUGUGUCUCUUGCCACUUUAGAAGAAACAACUAAACUGGUUUUUGAAACUUUGGAAGUUCGCGACGAAAUUUUGUCGGAAAAAAACACAAGUCCGGAGCUGCGGGCAGCAGCGCAGCGGCUGCGUUCGCACUUGUACUUCCGGCGGAAAGCAGCGGAAAGCUGCGGUCUGGAGGCCGGCGAAGAGCCUUUUGGAAGUGAAAAUGAAUUUAAAAGAAUUCCAAAUGAAUUUAAAAGAAUUCCGCGAAGACUUUUUUUCGUUUCCGAAGGAGUUCAGACUUUCGCGCGGGCCCUGGGCGCUUCCCGCUACAAGAUCGUGAACGCCGGCUGCCUGGCUUUCCAGGCGCGGGCCAGGGGGGUCUUCCGCGUGGCUUACGGGGGCUCUCAGUGGCUGGCCCCGUUUUGCGAGGUUUUGAGUGGUUUUGCUGCAGAUUCGCAGCAGCAGCAGCUGCAGCAGCAGCAGCAGCAGCAGCAGGUGCUGCUGCAGCAGCAGCAGCAGGCGGCGGCGCAGUGCGGGCUUUCGGCGCGGCCCAGCGAGGCUGCGGGGCGGCGAGUGCUGCGGAUUCCUUGCGAGCUUUUGUACGGGCUGGUGGCCACAAAACAAGAAGACAGAAGAGUUCCUUUCAAGAAGAUCCAGGAGCUUCCCUGCGGCCAAGUCCUCGUGGACAGCUCCUGCGAGGGCUCGCUGCUGCUCCUCGCCAAGAUCCCGCGAGCAGCUGGCUGCGCAAGCAGCAGCAGCAGCAGCAGCAGCUGCUGCUGCAGCUGCUGCUGCAGCAACGUGGCGGUGCCCGCGUGGAGGGGAAGAACCAACGUGGAACUCAUGCUGGACUUGAACUCGCGACUUGCACUGCGGAGCCUCUUGGAGGAAAGCGGAGUGCCCGCGGCAGAGGGAAGUUCUCUUUGA